AUGAAUACAAAAGAGGGUUACCUCAUAAAUUUCGAGGUAUAUCAAGGUGAAAGAUUCGUUGGAAACGAGAAAGAUGAGCGAGCUUUUGGAAAGGCAGCUGCUCCGUUUGUUGCUAUGUUACGAGACUUACCUCAUAAAAAUCUACCCUAUGAAUUCUACCUAGAUAAUCUUCUCACAAGCAUACAGCUUUUCAAUUUUUUACGAAUAAAUGGAUAUUCUGGAACGGGCACCAUAAGAGACAACCGGAUUCCAAAACAGUGUCCUCUCAAAUCGAAGGCAGAACUGAAAAAAACACCGAGAGGAACAUUUGAUCACUGUAUUGCUAAAGAUGUUGGUAUCAUUUUAGCUAGAUGGGUAGACAACAGUAUAGUUACAGCCGCUUCUACUUCAUAUGGAGUACAACCAACAUGUAAUGUAAAACGUUAUUCUCAGACUGAUAAGAAGGUGAUAGAGGUAUCAAGACCUAAUCUUAUUGGUCAGUAUGAUAAUUUCAUGGGGGGAACAGACCAAAUGGAUGAGAAUUUGGGAAGAUACAGAAUAUCAAUUCGCGGAAAGAAGUGGUGGUGGUGUAUAUUCACUUGGAUGAUUGACGUGGCGAUAAUCAAUGCAUGGAUUUUACGUAGAAAAUCGAUGGGUGUACAUUCGGAACAAUUAUCAUUCCGUAGAGAUAUUGCUCAAACAUAUCUGCAUAAAUAUGGCGUGAUGCCAAAAGUUGGUGGACGUCCUCCNUCAUUCAGCAAAAACAUGUCGUUGUCGUUAAUCGUGAACAGCCAGUUCCUGCGUCAGUUGAAUUUUAUACGGGUGUAG